AUGAGCUGCCAGCGCGUCGCUCUGCGCCUCCGCGCGCGCGCCGCCUCAGCGGCGACCCCCGCGGGCCGCCACUUCGUGUUCACCCCGCAAACCUCCCCGCUUCGCGCGGUGGCCUUCCUCGCCCAUCGCCGCCCCGCCUGGCAACCCGCGAGCCGCGCGGCGCUCCAGAUGCGCCUCCACGCGUCCUCCGCGACCGCGACGGAGCCCGCCGCCGCCCCGCUCUCCAAGGCUGACGUCGUCGACGUCCUCAAGGAGCGCGGCCUGCUCGACGCGUGCACCAACGAGGACGAGCUCCGCAAGGCGUGCGCGGAGGGAUCGCUGUCCGUCUACUGCGGCUUCGACCCCACCGCGGAUUCGCUCCACCUCGGGAACCUCCUCGGCAUCGUCGUCCUCGCGUGGUUCCAGCGAUGCGGCCACACCCCGGUCGCGCUCCUCGGCGGUGCCACCGGGCGCGUCGGCGACCCCUCGGGCAAGAGCGCCGAGCGCCCCGUGCUCGACGACGACACGAUCAACGCCAACACCGCCGGCAUCAAGGCGAUUCUCGAGCGCGUCCUCGCCAACGGCGCGGCGGACGCGGACACCGACGUGCCACCCGCCGUGGUGAUGAACAACCUCGACUGGUUCGGCUCCAUGGGAUUCCUCGAGUUUCUCCGCGAGGUGGGUAAGUACGCCAGGGUCGGGACGAUGAUGGCCAAGGAUUCGGUCAAGACGCGGCUGGACUCGGAACAAGGGAUGAGCUUCACGGAGUUUUCGUACCAGCUGCUGCAGGGUUACGACUUUUGCCACCUGUUCAAGGAGCACGACGUGCGCGUGCAGGUGGGCGGCAGCGACCAGUGGGGAAACAUCACCGCCGGCACGGACCUCAUCAGGAGACUCGCGGAUAAGGAGGGCGCCUGGGGCGUGACCUUCCCGCUGCUGCUCAAAGCCGACGGGCGCAAAUUCGGCAAAUCGGAGGAUGGCGCGGUGUGGCUGUCCCCCGAGAGGCUGUCGCCGUACAAGUUUUACCAGUACAUGCUGCAGUCCACCGACGCGGACGUGGUUCGGUUCAUGCGCAUGCUCACCUUCGUUCCCCUCGCGGAGAUCGAGGCCAUCGAGGCGUCCAUGAGCGCGGAUGGGUACGUGCCCAACACGGCGCAGAAGAGACUCGCCGAGGAGGUGACGAGAUUCGUCCACGGGAAGGAGGGUCUGACGCAGGCGCUCAAGGCGACGGAGGGACUGAAGCCCGGCGCGGACACCGUCCUGGACGCCGCGACGCUCGAGGCGCUCGCGGGGGAUAUUCCCACCGCGGAGCUCGCCAGGGAUGAGGUUGUGGGCAAAACCGUAGUCGACGUCAUGGCGGCGACGGGGCUGCAAAAGUCGAAGGGGGAGGCGAAGAGGAUGAUCAAGGGCGGCGGCGCGAGGCUGAACAACGUCAAGGUGGAGGACGAGGAGGCGACGAUCGGCGAGGAUGACGUCAUCGAGGGGAGGGUGCUGCUGCUGGCGGCGGGGAAGAAGAACAAACUCCUCGUGCGCGUCGUGUGA